AUGUCAUCUUCUGGACCCUCCUUCGCAAUGUUACCGAGCCAGUACGCGCGGCCCCCAACCAAGGGGGAGAUUGCGGCGUUCAUGCUGCGGCACACUGCGCGUCUUCCGUUCGUGUGCCAUGCAGACGGGUUGCACCAUGGCGGAAAGACCAACACGGCCUCCUAUGUAGAGAACCAUCAGUCAGACUCGGUGCGGUGGGUAGCGCCGUACCUUUACACAGGUGCCGAUUAUGCACUCGUUCUGGCCGCCUGUUUCCCAAGCCAUUGCGUCGAUCUCUCGCUGCUGAACUGGUCAACAAAUCCACUGCUCUCCCAACGUCAGGGUAACCUGCGUGUGUUCUGCGAAGCCGCUCGCGCGCUAGGGCUCCCGGACGCACCGCUGUCGGCACUACACCCGGAGCUGUUGCAGAGUAGCGCCGCCUGCAUCGUGGGGCAUCUAAAGGUGCAGCACUGGCUAUACAGUCUCUCACUGCGGUUUAUGCCUGCGCCCAAUCACGACGCAGCGACACUGCGCGCGGUGCAUCGGCAUUUGCAGUCGGGAGAGCCCUACCUAAAGCGAAGGCGGAGUGAGCACGACGAGGAUGGCGUGUGUGCGUCGGUGCGCGAGUGCCCACCCCUGCCGGCUGAGCACUUACUGCGGUGUGUGCCGGCCCUCACUCCCAUCCCCCCUUUUACCGACGCACCCGAGUCAGCGCCUCCGUCUUCUGCUGCCGCUACUUCUACCGAGGUGAAUCCUAAGGAGGGCGCAGACAUGCCGAUCGCACUAGCCAGUCACUCGACAGGCGACGUAGCUGAGGGAGCAAAGAGGCAGAGGCUGUGGCUCAGAUACAGCAAGCCGUGGCUGUUGCCGUCGCUGCACGCUGCAGAAACCAAGAAAGCGGCGAGUGAGGCAGCUGCGGCGAAGCGGGCGCAGGAGGAGCGGGAGCGUGACCCCCGGUACAACGCGUACGUAGCGCAAUCCAGGAAUCUGCACGAGCAAUACCUUGUGUCGUGUACAGCCGUGUCAGAGAAGCGGGAGCAGUUGCGUCUCAUCAAGGCGCUGCUGCUGCAGGACAUAAUCGAGGGCAAGCCAGUAGAUUUCAAGGACUACGCCGCGAGACUUCGCGCGUGUCAUUGA